AUAACCCGCACAGCAGGCGCAAGCUUGCGCCGCAAGUAGAUGCGAAUCUACGGCAAUCUCUACACAGUCUUAAGCAGUAUGGUCGCUUGUGCAGUUUUCUAUGAGUGACAAGUAACGGUUUCUACAUAAAGAAAACGUCGAAUAAUGAUUUAUCAUAACUGAAGUGAACCAAAAUUGGUGUAAUGAUCAAAGAUAUGGCUGAUGAUGAGGCCAUACAGGCCACUAAUGACGAUGCAAGUGAGUGUAAAAGAUAUGCGGUUCAACUUGGUUACUGGUCCGAUCCAUUUAUUAACUUUUUCGUAAAACAACCUGGUCGGAAAGCUCCGGAAAUCAAUCGUGGUUAUUACGCAAGAGUAAAGGGGAUUGAAGUGUUCGUUGAUAAAUUCCUUAAGCUAUCUGGUGAAAAGGGGCAAGUUAUAAACUUGGGUGCUGGAUUUGAUACUCUCUAUUGGAGACUUAAAGAAGCAGGAAAGUGUCCAGCAAAUUUUAUUGAACUUGAUUUUCCUAACAUUACUGCUCGAAAAUGUUAUCACAUCAAAAAACAUAAACAAUUAAUAGAUAUGUUAAAUACAGAAGAUGGAGAAAUUAGGUUUUCAACAACAGAUCUACAUGCUGCCAAUUAUCACUUGGUGGGAAUAGAUCUGCGACACAUAUCUGAACUUGUUAAUAAGUUAACACAAGCAGAAGUUAAUUUUAAUCUUCCAACCAUGUUCCUUGCAGAAUGUGUCUUAGUAUAUAUAGACACAAGUGCAGUUUCUGCAUUAUUAAAAUGGCUUGCUGGAAAGUUUCCAAAUAGUAUUUUUGUUAAUUACGAGCAAGUGAACAUGAAGGAUAAAUUUGGUCAAGUUAUGUUGUCCAAUCUACGUAGUCGUGGAUGUUUGUUGGCAGGUGUAGAAGAUUGUGAAUCUUUGGAAACUCAACAAAGACGCUUUACAAUAAACAGUUGGGAAGGCUCUAAUGCAUGGACAAUGGUAGAGGUCUAUGAUUCACUGCCUCUAGAUGACCGUAGUCGAAUCGAACAUAUAGAAAUGUUGGAUGAACGAGAACUUUUAGUUCAGUUAUUGCAGCAUUAUUGUAUCUCAGUUGCUUGGAAUGGACAAAUAUUUAAAAACUUGUCUAUAGCACAGGGUUAGCUUUUCUAACUCUUCUAAGUUACUCCAGGUAGUGAUACUGUGUCAUUAAAAAUCUAUAAGCUUGUAAGUACAUAUGUGGUAACUAAUGAUACAAAAUCAUUGAUUUUUAAGUUAAUAAGUUUUGAUCUUAAAUUUUUAAUAUAGAAUAAUACAUAGCUUGAUUUAUAGUAGUGUAUUUUUUUUAUUAUGUAUAGAUAUCUCUUUCAUAUAUAUUUGAAGUAUUAUAAAAAACAAUUCAUAUAAAGUUAUAUAAAAUUGAUGAUUUAUUCAAAUAAUUAAUUUUAUCAUGUUAAAUUUAAAACAAAUAUAUUCUACUUCUAUUGUGAUUUGUGUGCUAUAAAUAUCGUGAAAAUAAUAUUAAAAUGGUAUUAAUGAAAGAUUAAAGCCCUUUCAUAUCUUUUUGAGCAGCUAAAUAUAAGAUAGCAUAAAAAAUAUAAAACUAAUUUUCAGUCAUGUGAUGUUUAUUUUAUUGCUAUGAAUUCCAUGUAUUUCCUAUAAAAUUAGUAUUUUAAUUAGAGCUAAUCUCAAUCAUUAACAAACUUUAUUUCCCUAUCAUUUACUACUUUGUACUUGGAAGUUCUUAUAAUUAUAUUUAUAAAUUUCAUAUUAAAAAGAAUCAUAAUUACAGAUAAUAUUUUAAAUUAUUAAUUAGUUCACUACAUAUGCAGUUUCUUAUGAAGGUAAUUUAUGUGGAGUAACAACAUGCAACGAAAGAAGGAUUUUACUUAAACAUAAAAUACUAGAACAGCACAUGUUUUGGAAAGUAAUUUUUGAGUAUAUUGUUUUACAAAUGCCCUAAUUUAAACGAUAAUUUACAUGUACAGAAAGAAUUAAUUAAAAUACAAUUACUAUUCACAUUUAUAAAAUAUUAUCACUUAGGAUAUUAAGAUAUAACACAUUUUUGUGUAUUAAAAAAUAUAUACAGAAAAUUGUAUUUCCAUUGUUAUUAUUUUCGUAGAAACAUGAUAGAUAGACGGAUCAUAAAGUCGUAAAAAUAUUUCUCAGGAAACAAAUUAUCAAUACAUUAAUUAGACAAUAUUUGAGUCAGUUUUAUUCCAAUGAAUUCAAGUUGACUCAUUACAUUGUCGACAACUUAAUAAAAUACAAACAAUGUUAUUUUCUUAUAAAGGAAUAUCAGGGUUGUGAUAUAAAAACUAAAAGUAAUGUGGAAGAGUGGAGAAUUUAUCAGAUGAUAAUGGUAUUAAAAAAUUAUUAUAUUGAUCAUAAAAUCGUUCUUCGUUUAUACACUUUAAUAUAUUGAUUCUUAUUUGACUUUA